CUUGUUUGACUAUUCAAUAUUAAUUUGGCUGUAUUGCGAAGGAUAUUUUAAAAAUAUUUUUUAUUUAGUUAUAAGCGUGAAAGACCUGACUAUUUCUUUUAGAAGAGUUUCUCGUUGCAGACUAGACUGAAUAGUCUAGUUCACAAGUCUGAAUAGCUCUUACCACAACAAGCAUUCAGGAUGUCUGCACACGAGCAAAUGAGGGCGAUGCUAGAUCAAUUGAUGGGCACAGCUCGCAAUGGUGAAGCUGACAGGCAUGGGGUUAAGUUUUUUGACGAUUCUGUGUGUAAAUCAUUUUUACUACAAUGUUGCCCACAUGAAAUUCUAUCUUCAACGCGAAUGGAUCUAGGUGAGUGUCCAAAAAUACAUGAUUUGGCACUGCGGGCGGACUAUGAAUUAGCGUCAAAGACCAAAGAUUAUUUCUACGACAUUGACGCAACGGAGCACUUAGAGGCAUUCAUAGCGGACUGCGACCGUCGGACGUCCGCCGCCAAGCAGCGAUUGGCUGAGACCCAGGAGGAGCUGUCCGCUGAAGUGACGGAGAAGGCUAACUCGGUCCAUGAGCUUGCGGAGCAGAUCGGUCAGAAGCUGGCGAGGGCUGAAGCACUUGGAGAGGAGGGUAUGGUGGAAGAGAGUGUCAAGCUCAUGGGAGAGAUAGACGAAUUGCGUAAAAAGAAAGCAGUUGCGGAACAAGAGUACCGCAACUCGAUGCCGGCGUCGUCGUACCAGCAACAGAAGUUGCGAGUGUGCGAGGUGUGCUCCGCCUACCUUGGCAUACACGACAACGACAGGCGGCUUGCCGAUCACUUUGGAGGAAAAUUGCAUCUCGGAUUUAUCACUAUUCGUGAAAAGCUUGCUGAUUUGAAGAAAAACGUAGAAAAAAGGCGCGAAGAGCGCGGCGCGUCAGAGCGCGAGCGAAGCGGCGGUCGGCGCCACUACGUCGGCGGGCGCGAGCUCGACCGCCGCGCGCGCCGUCACCGCGAGACCGCGCGCGAGCGCCGCGACGAGCGCGACCGCAAGGACGACAAGCGGGACCGCGGCGACCGGGACCGGGACCGCGAGCGGGCCGAGCGGGACCGAGAACGCAAGAGGAGUCGGUCACGCAGCAGAAGCAAGCGGGACGGGUCCGGGGAGCGGUCGCGCGACCGUGACCGCACCCGCGACCGCGAGCGCGACUCGCGCCGCAGCCGCUCGCAUCUAUCCUCCUCGCGCGACCACCGGCGGGACUAGCACAACUCCUAGGAUAUUUAGUCUGGCAAGCCCUUUGACUCACUAGAACAAGGCGGCAAUCUUGAAUAACUAUUGUCACUACAUUCAAAUGUAGAUGCGUAACUCCCAUACGAAAGGACCAUGGACAAUUUUGUAUUUAGCCUGGUCCAAAAACCAGUAGAGAUGACAAUUAGGUUAUUGAUAGUAUUCGUUUUAUGGGCAGCAAUCGGAAUUCCAAUGCAGAAUUGAAAUUCCUGUUUAAAUUUCGCCAUGUUAUUUAGGCAAUAGGGUCUAAACAAGGAACGGGACUUUUUGACUAAAAUGUUAGUUCUGCAAUGGAAUUUAGGCUGGUGUCCAAUAUAGUAGGUAGAUUCAAUGAGAUCUAUCACACACGCUGAACUACGUUGGGUUUUGGACCAUUUUGACUCAGACCUAUGGAUUUGGCGCCUUUGUUACUUCCAAAAUGGGUUUUGCCGGAGCAUACAUAUAUUAUUGACGCGCGCCAUACGAAUCUAUAACCUGAAAGUUGAUCUGUUUGCUUUUGACCUAUGAAUUUGAAGAAAACUAGUAAAAUACCAGGCGACUGGAGUAUCCAUACACAAAAAAAUAUUUCAUUAGAAUGAUGUUUAGAAGAAUUUAUCUUUCUUGGCUCAGAUGCAAGUCAAAAAUUUCAGUUACCUAUGAUUAAGCCGGUUUUAGUUGCAAAUAAUAAUUAAUAUUAAAAACGCGUCUAAAUCACAAUGUUGAAGAAAAAAUAGAGUAGAUUGAAUAAGUAACUAGCUUGAAUGAAGAAAAUUUAAAAUGAUUCUGAAAGAAAUUAUAUUUUAAAUUUUUUCGCCUUUUUGGCCUUUAUGAUUUUAGGCGUAAGACUGACUAAUUUCGGAAACGGAUCAAGUGCUGUCAAAUUUAGUGUUUCUACGUAAAACUUCGAGACCGAACUAAAACUUAUUGGCUCAGUUUUUCGCCGAGUAAUAAAUUAGGGUUUUCUGAAACAUAAACGCUGUAGCCGAUGCCGACGCGCGUACGUCGAACAUCAAAAAACUUGUGUUUAUUUGUUCGAGGUAUACCUACACCAAGCAUGAAGGUAUACCUAUUUCGGAGUGAGUUGAGCACUGCGGCUAAAAAUUGUGCCCAAAAGAGAGCAUUGCAUGAAAAUGCUAAUGUGACAUGAGAAUUGAAACAGAAAUAUAAUAGUGGGAUAGUCCUCUAACUCGAUGGUCUCUUUUGGACAGUUUCUUCUAAACUAAAAUAUGUAAAUAGA